GAAAGAGAGAUGAAUUAUUUAUUAUUAAAUAUAGGUUUGUAAGUGUGAAGAGUAGUGGGAAGAGGAAGUGGAAAUGGCGACGGCGACGGCGACUUGCUUCCUGUGUCCGUCUCCGGGGAGUUUCAAAGGCAGUGAGAUGCCGAUAGCAAGAUUCAGAUGCUGCAGCAGCAGCAGCGGCAGCAGCAACAGCGUCUCGCUCAAUACUCGAACGGAGCCCCGACCCGUAACCACCUUCGUCAAAGCGUUUGCUCCCGCCACCGUUGCCAAUCUCGGUCCCGGCUUCGACUUCCUAGGCUGCGCCGUCGACGGAAUCGGGGACAUUGUCUCCGUCAGGGUCGACCCACAGGUUCACCCCGGCGAGAUACGCAUCUCCGACAUCACUGGCCAGGCCCCCGACAAGCUCAGCAAAAACCCUCUAUGGAACUGCGCUGGCAUCGCCGCCAUCGAAGUCAUGAAAAUGCUCUCCAUUCGAUCCGUCGGCCUCUCGCUCUCCCUGCAGAAGGGCCUGCCUCUGGGAAGCGGUCUGGGAUCGAGCGCCGCCAGCGCCGCCGCUGCGGCCGUGGCGGUGAACGAGAUGUUUGGGAAGAGAUUGAGCGUGGAGGAUCUUGUUGUGGCGUCGCUGAAAUCUGAAGAGAAGGUUUCGGGGUAUCACGCGGACAACGUGGCCCCGUCGAUCAUGGGGGGUUUCGUGCUGAUUCAGAGCUACGAGCCGCUGCAGUUGAUAGAGCUGAAGUUUCCUGCGGAGAAGGAGCUGUAUUUCGUGCUGGUGAGUCCUGAAUUCGAAGCCCCGACGAAGAAGAUGCGCGCAGCGCUCCCCGGCGAGAUUGGGAUGGCGCACCACGUUUGGAAUUGCAGCCAGGCUGGCGCUCUGGUGGCGUCGGUGUUGAAGGGUGACGUGGUUGGUCUGGGGAAGGCUUUGUCCUCUGACAAGAUCGUUGAGCCCCGCCGUGCCCCCUUGAUUCCCGGCAUGGAGGCUGUUAAGAAGGCUGCCCUUCAGGCUGGGGCCUUUGGCUGCACCAUCAGCGGCGCUGGCCCCACCGCCGUCGCCGUCAUUGACAAUGAGCCCACCGGACAUGCCAUUGCCCAACACAUGAUUGACGCCUUUCUCCACCACGGCAAUUUGAAGGCUUCUGGAAAAGUCUUGCAACUCGAUCGCCUUGGUGCCAGACGCAUUCUAGAUUGACUUCUAUCUCAGUCUCUUCCUUUCCUAUGCCAAAACAAUUUCACUGGGAAAACUGUAUCAGAAAAGAUGGGAAUCAACCGAGAGAAAGUGGAGAAUUAAUAGAGAAGAGUAAUACCAACAGCCUGUCUUUUUCACUGCACAAAAUUCUUUAAAAGCACAUUCCAUUUGCUGUGCCUAGUGUUUUUUCUCCCUUCAUUACUUCUCAUAUCACCCUCCACGUGUCCCUUAUUCUUAACAAACUUUUUCUCACCCACGUUUCUCACAUUUGUAUUUGUUACACUUGCACAAAUUGUUCUGAUGAAUCACUCUACUCACUCUCUAUGUCAAAGAAAAAACUGUUGCCAUGUUUUUUAUUAGCCUCAUCCUCAUCAAAAACAUUAAUGAUAUUAUAUAAAAUGAAGACCUUUUUCAGAUCAGAUUAUUGCUGAUCUAUUUUGCCUCUGAACAUUCAUAUGCAUCAUUCAUUGUGUCAGGUCAGGACAAGUCCACUCGCAUUUUGUUCCCAACCCCACCGUUUCUGUACUAAGCUUCUUGAAAUUGUUGUGAUAUUCUGAUUAAAUCUUGAGUUUAGAAUUUUGAAUUGCGUAUCCUUUUUAAAUGCAUUCCAUGGCAGAAAUUCCAUACAAUCUGUCUCGGUUUUUGUUAUUUGUAACCAGUGGUUGAUCUAGCUCUGAAUGAAUUCUU